GUCAGAGUGGAAAACAAGAGGGACAGCAAGACGCCCACGACACCGAGCAAAGCGGAUUAAAGUCCCGCAGAGAUGGCAGGGGAGGCUGAGGACGACAUACCAGAAUCAGGAGCGGUUUUCACUUUUGGAAAGAGCAAAUUUGCCGACAACACCCCGAGUAAAUUCUGGCUUAAAAAUGACGUCCCCUUAAAAAUAGCCUGUGGCGACGAGCAUACCGCCUUAAUAACAGAAAAUGGGAAACUCUUCAUGUUUGGCAGCAACAACUGGGGCCAGCUCGGUCUGGGAUCCAAAGUGACUGUGAACAAGCCCACUUGUAUCAAAGCUCUUAAAUCUGAGAAAGUUCAGCUUGUGGCCUGUGGAAGAAACCACACCCUCAUCUACACAGCUCAGGGAAAAGUGUUGGCCUCAGGUGGGAACAGUGAGGGCCAGCUGGGGCUCGGUGACUGUGAGGAGAGGACGGCCUUCCAGAAGAUCGAGAUCUUUGAUUCACAUGGACCAAUCAAAAUGCUCGCUGCUGGCUCAAACACCUCCGCUGCUCUCACAGAGAGUGGUAAACUGUUCAUGUGGGGCGACAACACGGAGGGUCAAAUCGGUUUAGGGAAGGAGAACCACGCCUCCUCGCCACAGGAAGUCAGCGUGGGAAAACCAAUCAGCUGGGUGUCCUGUGGAUACUACCACUCUGCCUUAGUGACCGCUGACGGAAGUCUGUACACGUUUGGUGAGUGUGACAGCGGUAAACUGGGUCUGGGCACCGACCAGCUGCCCCGACACCGAGUCCCUCAGCGGGUGAAGACCAUCAAGGAGCCGGUGACACAGGUGGCCUGCGGCGGCGGACACACGGUGGCAAUCACAGAGGAUGGCGUGUACACGUUCGGUCUCGGACAGUUUGGACAACUUGGCCACGGGACGUUCAUCUUCGAGGCGCGGCUGCCGCGGCCUGUCGAGCACUUCAAAAAGGGACGAGUCAGGCAGGUGGCCUGUGGAGAAAACCACACUGCUGUGAUCACGGACGGCGGCUUGCUGUACACGUUUGGAGACGGCAGACAUGGGAAACUGGGCCUGGGAGAAGAAAACUUCACCAACCAGUUUAAACCAACUCUCUGUCCUCGCUUCCUCAAGUAUUACGUUCAGGCUGCUACGUGUGGCGGCUGCCACAUGGUGGCGUUGGCUCGGCCGAGGGAUCAGAGCUGCGGCGACGUGACUCUGGAGGAAGACGACGUGACAGAAGAUUACCUGGAGAAGCCGUACGUGGAGCUGCUGGGCGACACGGCCGACUCCGCCGCCCUGCAGAGGAGCCUCUCUGCUCGGGUUCGCAGGAGGGAGAGGGAGAGAUCUCCGGACCAGUUCGGCGCCAUGUUCCGCACGCUGCCCGCCAUGAUGCCCGGCUACCUCCACCCUCCGCUGCCCGUCUCGAGCCAGACCAUCCCGCCCAGACUGCCUCCACCUGAGCUGAGCCACAGAAAGGUGCUCAUCGGCAAUCACCAACACAGGAGCACAGUGUCAAACCACCAGGAGCACUCCGGGGGCGAGACAGACAGCGUUGUGGAGAGCCUGACCGACACCGACAGCGUUAAAGGCCUGGGAGAAACCACUGACUUCCUCAAUAUGACACAUGUGAUGAAGAUGGACCCCGGUGAUAAAACACUCACUCUGUCUCCAGUCCACAAGGAUUUGACAAAAGGUUUUGCUCAGACGUCGCACGAAGAUGAAGAGGAAAGACAAGACGAAGAUGAAGAGGAAGUGGAGGACACUGUUGAUGAAGAAGAGGUGGAGGAAGAGGAUAAUGAUACAUCAGCUGAGACAGAGGGGCCGUCCUCGAGUUUAGACGUCUCGACAGACAAGCAAACAGAGGAGACUCAGAGUCCUGAGCCUGAAGAGCUGAAAGAAAAUUCCGGAGAGCAGGAAGGUGACGCAGCAGCUGAAAUCACGGAGCAGCCCGACUCUACAGGUGGAGAAAAGACAGACGACGGCACCAGACCAGCCAAUGGGACGGCAGACAGCAACUCCAAAAGCCAAUCAGGCUCCAACAAAAAGCUCUCUCUCUUCAGACGGCUGUCCUUCUCCAGGUCCAAGCAGACCAACGGCAGGGACCAAACCCCAGCGGAGGGGGUCGUCCGUGGGGACGCAGCCGUUCAGGGAGAGCCUCCCUCCUCUUCUGCCGCUGGGAGCAGAGUCCCGGAUACAAAGAGAGGCGGAGCACAGCAGAGCGCUUUGCCCUCUGGAGCCAGGGGGCCCCGCUCUGGAACCUGCACUGUGCUGUGAUCCCAGGAACAAAACUCUCAGGUGGCCUCAGUUCAUCUUGAAAAGCCAGACCAAAGUGUGAAAAGUUCCCACUUACAGGGGCCCCGUGGAGCUUUCUUGUAAACAUAAAAAAAGGUAUGUUUACAUUCAGUGUUACGCAACAAAACACAGUGCGUUCUUCCUCGUGUUUUUUAAAUCCAGGAUCGUUUACAUCCACGUUAACUAGCUUGCAUCAUAUCAUGGCUAGAGGUGUGAAACUCCACAGGGAACCUUUGACUGUGUUUUCCAGCAGCUCCCCUCGGGGAUGCUGGUGUUUUCACUGGGUAUCAUCCAGCUCCUCUGUGGCGUUAACGCACUCAUCAUGCCUGAAUCACAGUGAAGCCACCACAGAGACAAACAGCCCUUUUCUACAAACUGUCACGCUGCAGAUUCACAGAAAGUAAAUUAUGCUGUCAGUGUCUUCGCUUGUCCUCCCAACAGAGAUGCAAACUGAAGCUUAAAAAGAAACUUCACACCCCCUGAAAAUCUUUUGCUGACCUCAUGUGGUUUAACUUCACACCUUCCUUUAAGGGUGCGAUCCAAACUCUGAUUUGUUUUCUUUAUUUUGAGGCCAUCUUUGUGAGUGCAGCUUUAAAUCAACCACUACACUUUCAACCACUGUCUGUUCACAAGUGACCUAACAGCUGAGCCUCCUCCUCCACCAGUACGACCAGUAUCACCAUGUUGCUGGGCGGUUUUUAACUUUAAAAUAAGUAGUUUUUGUUGUGUGGCACAUAUUUUCUACCAAGCAGCUGAGUGUGUGUGUGAGUUUUAAACUGUGAGGAUGUAAAUAAUCUUAUUUAUUGUGACAUGGUCCUUGAGCACAUUUGCACUUUUGAUGUGAUCUGUAUCCGUUUCAAGGAGAUGCAUCAGUUUUAUAUUCUGACACGAUAAUCUCAUUUAACUGACUCUCAUGUUCGUUUUGUAUCAUUUGGAUUUUUGUGAUAUCAAUAAAGCAUUUUGAUAUAAAACUGAAAA